UUCACCCAUCGAUUUUCCUUUCACCAAAAGAAUUUUCCCUCCUCAUUCUCUCUCUCCCCAAACACCCCUUUCUUUUUCGUUAUCGUUUACAAAAGAUGGGUACUUUAGUGGGGCAUGUUGCACCAGGGUUUGCCUUCUUUGCACUUGGUUUGUGGCACCUCUUCAAUCACAUCAAGCUCCAUGCCAUUAACCCAAAUUCCUACACAUCUUUCCCAUGGUUCCCUACGUCGAAGUUUAGGCACUUGGAGCUUGUUUUGAUCAUGGUCUGCUCAUCAAUCUCCAUCUCCAUGGAACUCUUCAUCGGUCCCGUCAAGCACCAUCCGUUCGAUACCGACGGGACGAUCCCAUCGAACCAUCUCCACAAUUUCGAGCACUCUGCUAUAUCGAUGACGUUCUUAACUUACGCCGCCUUCGCCGUCGUCCUCGACGCGACCGACAACAUACGCCCCGUUGCUAAGUAUAGCCUAACGCAGCUCCUCGGAGCGGUCGCCUUUGCUCAGCAGCUGUUCUUGUUCCACCUUCACUCGGCUGACCACAUGGGAGUUGAGGGACAAUACCAUUUGCUCCUACAAAGUGCAAUCGUUGUGUGUUUAGCCACUACCCUAAUGGGAAUAGGGUACCCCAAGAGCUUCCUAGUGAGUUUUACUAGGUCUUUAAGCAUAUUGUACCAAGGCAUAUGGCUUAUGGUCAUGGGAUACAUGCUCUGGACACCCGGGUUGAUUCCGAAAGGCUGUUUUAUCCACUUCGAGGAGGGUCACCAAGUGGUCCGAUGCUCGACCGCCACCGCGCUUCAUCGAGCUAAAUCGUUGGUGAAUAUCGGGUUCAGCUGGACCCUGAUUGGUGUCACCAUUUUUGCCGUGAGUUUCUACCUGGUUCUGGUCAAGCUGUAUGGGGGAAAAGUUGAGUAUUCCACGUUGGCACACCAUGAAGAUGAGAAAUUUGAGCUUGGUGAUGACAAUGAUGAAACUGAUGACGUGGAAUCACGAAAGGGUCAAAGAAUAUUACACGGUGAGCCUAAAACCUUUAUCCAUAUGGGAAAAGGAUAUGCAGCCAUGGACAUAGAGAGGUACGUAGGUUUACAUGUGUCAAGUAGGUGAACUUGUGUACAAAGUUUUAGUUUUUUUUAGGGUUGGAUAUAUCUCACUUUGGUCUAAAUUAAGGUUAAUCACAACAAGAAAAUGUCUUGUUUGGUUUGAAUUCAUGGGGUUUGGGAGUUAG